AUGCUUUCGUCUUCACAGGCUCUCCUUCUUGGAGCAUUUCUCCAAAGCGUCACAGCAAUGGAUCUCGCCCAUGCAGCUCAAAGAAAUCGCGCACGCGACGUACCGAUAGCAACAACCACACCAGCACCGCUGGCCUUCAUCGAUGAACUCAACCUCUUCGCGGGCCAUAAUGGAUUACAAGUACGACAGGAAGCUACAACGAGUUCGAGCCUCGUAGUUACUAUCGCUCCCAGUAACACAUGCGGAUACAUGUCUGGUAUGCCAGGCGUGGCCAUUACCUGUGAAAAUCGUAGUUCUUGUUCAUGGGCGACUGUCAGUACUUUAGGUACUACUUCAGGUCUGGUUGGUUGUGGUGCAGAGAUCUACAUCACCUGCGUCGAGUCUUCAAAGGCAGUCGAUCCAGGCGCAUGUGAUGAUCUCUGUCAGAGUAACACCUUCUUUCUUCACUGUACCAACUCUGAUGAGCCAUUCUGUCGCACAUAUGCCUACCCAAAGGGUAUCCGUGACUAUCGAUGCGCAUCCACCGAGGUCGAGUCAGUCCAAUCAGUCAAAUUCACCUACGAGGGAGAGGAGAAUCCCAGUUUCCGUACUACAACUAUCGGCGGUACAUCAUCACAGGCUUUGCCGACCAUCACCGAUGCUGAUACCACCACAUUCCGUGAACCAAUUGAGACGGAUACACACACAACAACGACAUCCGAUGCUCCUGCCCCUACUCAUAAGAGCAAGUCAACACCUGUCGGUGCCAUCGUCGGAGGUGUAGUCGGUGGUGUCGCUCUUAUUGGCCUUAUUGGUCUUGGUGUUUUCGUCCUGCUGCGCCGAUGUCAAUCCACGCCUGCUGCCAAUCCAACACCAGCUCAACCAGUCAUGGCUCAACAACAGCCUCCUGCCCCUCUCAUGAACCAAAACCAAUACCCGCAACAACAGCCAUAUCCACCAGUUGUAUCUUCCUACCCCGACCCUAGCAUGGCGGCAUCUCCUGCACCGUCAGAUCCUCAUCUAUCAAUGAUGAGUGGACCAGUGUCUAGUGUUGGAGCAGGUUCGCCAGCAGCAUGGAAUCAACACCCAUCUCCUCCCACAUUUCAUACUCCUGCCCCAACUUAUGAGAUACCUGGUCUUGAGGCUCGUGAACAAGAACCGGUUUAUGAGAUAGGUACAGACUCUAGAAAGACGUAA